GCUCUCCGCCCCAGCCCGGCGGCUCCGCCCCCUAGGUGACGUCACUGGCCAGGCCAGCCGGCGCCAUUUUGAAAGUGGAGUCGCCUGCCCCUGCCGCUGCCGCCGCCGCCGUCGCUGUCGUAGUCGCCGCCGCCGCUGCCGGAGAAAGAGCACGAGCGGGGAAGCCCCAGAGUGAAAUCUAGCAUCCUGCCGGCUGGUCUGCCCGCCCCUCCUUCCUUUUCCCCCGGCCCCCGUCCCCUCCCCCCGCAGGUGCCAUCCGCCGCCAUCCGCCCUCUCUACCCCCCCAUCCCCAGGUGAGGGGGGUGAGUUCAGGAAGCGGAGACCCCGAGGAACCCAGCAGGGUCACCAUUUGCAGCGCAACAUGGCAGGAGCUGGAGGAGGGAAUGAUAUUCAGUGGUGUUUUUCUCAGGUGAAAGGAGCAGUAGAUGAUGAUGUAGCAGAAGCAGAUAUAAUUUCUACAGUAGAAUUUAAUCAUUCUGGAGAAUUACUAGCAACAGGAGAUAAAGGUGGUAGAGUUGUCAUCUUUCAACAGGAGCAGGAGAACAAAAUCCAGUCUCAUAGCAGAGGAGAAUAUAAUGUUUACAGCACCUUCCAGAGCCAUGAACCAGAGUUUGACUACUUGAAAAGUUUAGAAAUAGAAGAAAAGAUCAACAAAAUUAGGUGGUUACCCCAGAAAAAUGCUGCUCAGUUUUUAUUGUCUACCAAUGAUAAAACAAUAAAAUUAUGGAAAAUCAGUGAAAGGGACAAAAGACCAGAAGGGUAUAACUUGAAAGAGGAAGAUGGAAGGUAUAGAGAUCCUACUACAGUUACUACACUACGAGUGCCAGUCUUUAGGCCUAUGGAUCUAAUGGUUGAGGCCAGUCCACGAAGAAUAUUUGCCAAUGCUCAUACAUAUCACAUCAACUCAAUUUCUAUUAAUAGUGAUUAUGAAACAUAUUUAUCUGCAGAUGAUUUGCGGAUUAAUCUUUGGCAUCUGGAAAUUACAGACAGGAGUUUUAACAUUGUGGAUAUCAAGCCUGCCAAUAUGGAAGAGCUAACAGAGGUGAUUACAGCAGCAGAAUUUCAUCCAAACAGCUGUAACACAUUUGUAUACAGCAGCAGUAAAGGAACUAUUCGGCUAUGUGACAUGAGGGCAUCUGCCCUCUGUGAUAGACAUUCUAAAUUGUUUGAAGAACCUGAAGAUCCCAGUAACAGGUCAUUUUUUUCCGAAAUCAUCUCCUCUAUUUCGGAUGUAAAAUUCAGCCAUAGUGGUCGAUAUAUGAUGACUAGAGACUAUUUGUCAGUCAAAAUUUGGGACUUAAAUAUGGAAAACAGGCCUGUGGAAACAUACCAGGUGCAUGAAUACCUCAGAAGUAAACUCUGUUCACUGUAUGAAAAUGACUGCAUAUUUGACAAAUUUGAAUGUUGUUGGAAUGGAUCUGACAGUGUUGUCAUGACUGGAUCUUACAAUAAUUUCUUCAGAAUGUUUGACAGAAACACAAAGCGAGACAUAACCCUAGAAGCAUCGCGGGAAAACAAUAAGCCUCGCACAGUUCUGAAGCCUCGCAAAGUCUGUGCAAGUGGCAAGCGAAAGAAAGAUGAAAUAAGUGUUGACAGCCUAGACUUCAAUAAGAAAAUCCUUCACACAGCCUGGCACCCCAAGGAAAAUAUCAUUGCCGUAGCUACUACAAACAAUCUGUAUAUAUUUCAAGACAAAGUGAAUUAGGGUUGGCAUUCCUAGCAGAAGAACCCACUUCCUGCUUAGUUGAGAUAGUUGAAUCUAGCAUUCGUUCCUAUAAAAGAGAGAGGUCCAUUGUGGCGCCCCUUUCCAGUGUUUGACAGUGUGCCAUUCGACAACACAUUGUUAUAGCUACAUGGAGAAAGCUCUGUGGAUUCAUCACUGUGGUGUUCUCCAUGUCUGCUAGCCAUUUAGGUAAGGGUAGGGCACUUUUAAUUUAAAUGACUUCUUGCACCAUCUUGCCUAAUGGACUAGAUUGGACUGUAUCAACAUUGAUUUACUCCACUUUUUAUGCCUUCCAUUGUGAUGACGUCAAACACAGUGAAAGCCUUCAGUCAUGCUAUGGGAUUUAAUUGUGUAUCCUCAUUACUGUAUCAUUUGUGGGGUACACCCCUUCCCCCUUUUUUUAAAUUAAAUACAGCUCAUUCUUACUGUGGCUUGUAGCAUUCCUCCUCUUCUGGCCUCCUGGACUGCUCCCCUUCAUCUCUUACCCUUGCCCCCUCCACCCGGUCUUGGUGGUGGUAUAUUAAAAAAAGAAAGAAUGAAAGCACACAAAAUGAGUGAGUUUGGGGUCAGUGGUAUAAAGGGGGUAUAUGUUGCGAACAAAUGUUUUAGUAACAGUUGGCUGUAAUCACUCCUCGCCGUGUCUGGCACUGAAAAUAAGGAAAAAAACCUACUACUGAAUAAAAGUGACAAAGAAUGGA